UGGAACGAAGCUGGCAUUGAUGUAGUCAGAGCUGGGAUCCCCUGGGGUGGGCUGCAGGGGUACUCGGGGACCAGUCAUCUGAAGUGGAGAGGAGGAGGUGGGUCCAGGAAAUGUAAAAACAGGAAGAAACCGGUAAUGAAAGACCGAGAAGGGACUCAAGAUAGAGGCCAGCAGAGGAGAGACACGAGAGAUUGGGGGGAGGGGGAGAGUCUGUGCCUCAAGGAAGGAGGAAGCAGCGUCCUUGGGCCUCUCAGGGUGGGAAGGCAGAGGAAGAGGGGAGUACUGUAUCUGCUUCUCCCAGGGAGAGGCGGCUGCUUGCAACUGCCCUGUGCCUUCCAGAGUCAGUUGCUGGUUAAGAGGAGGUCACAAAGAGAGAGGGCGAGGGAGGAGACCGUCAGAGCCCCGGUACAGCAAGGUGUGCCAGAGUCUGCCGACAGCCGGGGUCUGCCCCGCCCCCUGCGCUGCCCACCAGGUCCUGGGGUUUUACGGGCCCAUGGGCACAGCAGAAAGCUGUCAGCUCCUGUAGAUUCCACCUUCAGAAGAGCGCUCACACACGCCCCUCUUCUCUCCUCCGUCUCCAUCACCUUGCUGCGGGUUCUGGUCGCCUCCCGCCUGGACAACUGUAAUAACCUGCCGAGGGGCCUCCCUGCCUUAAGUCCCUCCCUGCUCCGCUUCAUCCUCCACGCAGCUGUCCCAGAGAUCUUAAAACGUGGCUCUGACCGUGGCGCCUCACCCCGCUCAGUAAACUCCAGUGUCUCCCUAUCACCUCCAGGAUCCAACAGAGUCACAUUUGGCUUUGAAAGUACUCCCUAAGCUGCCCCCGCCUGCGCCCGGGGCGGUGCCUACCACCACACCACCCUUUCCAGCCUCCUCCAUGGCUGCGCCUUCUUCUCUCUGGCAUCAUCUCUGAUUUCUGUUUGUACGGAGCGGUUGGCAGGCGCGCCCUCCUCUUGGACUGCGAGCCCCCUGAGGACUGUUUCUACCUUUCUUUGUAUGCCCAGUCCUCAGCACGAUGCCUGGCACGUAGUAGGCACUUAAUAAAUGUUUGGUGACUGACUUGUCGGUUUGUUGACCUCAGACUCCAUCUCUAACUUCGUCUCUCUCCAUCUUUGUCUCAUCUCAGUCUCUGUCUUUGUGUGUCUCAGUCUUAACCACUCUUCCCCACUCUUUUCUGCCCCUUUCUCGAUUUUGUGUCUCUGUCACUUUCCUCUGUCGCUCUCUCCUCUGUUUCUCUCUAUCUC